AUGUCUCCCAAAGAAGCAAGAGAGUACAAUAAUAUAUUGGUUGACGCCCUUAAUGAAGAUGAGACCGCUUUCUCCAAUGACUUUUAUGAUUUUGCGCCACUGCCUGCCACUCCACGCAACAUGAUCCUUGGUCCCUAUUUUUACGGUCGUAUGCCCAGCUCUGUUGUUAAAGUCAUGCGACCGCAACAAAAAGACUUUUGUUUGCUCAGAAAAUACCUUAAUUGGCAAGGUUGGGACCGACCCAAGCUUAUGAGGGGUUGGCCUACUUCAGGGCCAGAAAAAUGGAACAAGUGGCUUGAUCGACUGUCAAACAGAUUAUGA